GUUCUGUGAUCCGAUCCAUAUUAGAAUAUAACCAAAAAUACAUGAGGGUAAAAUGGUUCGAAAAUUGAAAUACCAUGAACAGAAACUACUGAAGAAAGUUGAUUUCAUAUCAUGGGAAGUAGACAAUAAUCUACAUGAAGUUAAAGUACUCAAGAAAUAUCACAUACAAAAACGGGAAGAUUAUACAAAGUAUAAUAAAUUAGCUAGGAAUAUACGGGAACUUGCAAGAAAAAUUAAAGAAAUCGACUCAAAUCAUCAAUUCAGAACAGAAAGCAGUGCUCAAUUGUUAGAAAAACUGUAUCUUAUGGGAUUGAUCCCUACAAGAUGGGAUCUCAGUUUAGCAGAAAAAGUAACAGCAUCUUGUUUUUGUCGUAGGCGUUUACCAGUUGUAAUGGUUAGAAAUAAAAUGUCAGAGACAAUAAAAUCAGCUACAAAAUUAAUAGAGCAGGGACAUGUAAGAGUGGGACCAGAAUUGAUAAAAGAUCCAGCAUUUCUGGUUAAUAGGACAUUGGAAGAUUUUGUUACUUGGGUAGACAAUUCCAAGAUCAAACAGCAUGUACUGGAGUACAAUGGAUUGAGGGACGACUUUCUGCUGUGAGUGAAGGAACUAUUCAACUUGAUUGAGGGCAGGUUCAUGAGAAAAAGAAUAUAUCUGUGAUGCUGAAAACACAAUUACAUUUUUUGGUGAAACAUAGAAGUUAUGCCUGUUGAUUAACAUGUCACAAUCGAUGUUAUGUUUUAUGCUUGAAAUUAUUAAAGUUCUUUCAUUAAUAACUA